AUGAUGUGGCGAAUGUGCCGUCGAUCUAGGACAAUCUGUCUGUCGUUGGCACUCAUCUCUAUUUUCCUGCACCUUCUCCUGGCGCUUGUCUCACUUUCCUUGUACCGUCAGCCCUGUGACCCCCCGCUAACCCCAUGGACACACAUCUUGAAACGUCUGGUAAACAAAAGCGGCUCCUCUACGGGUAUCGGUGGUCCGACCAUAUCACCAACCUCUACCGAGAAUCCUGUUGGAACGCCUCGUAACAAACUCCUAUCGGCGAAAAGUGAAGGAAUCGCGCCGGUGAAGGCACCCCUGGCUGAACAACUGGCGGCCGGCCUGUUGAAACUGGGGGCGUUGUUUGAUCACCCUCUUUACAAUGUCCCCACCACGGCCAUGCAUGAAGAUGACUGGCUGCUGAGGGUCAAACCAAAGCGGAAGUCUGAAAGGAGCUCCCAGAUGUGGGUGAGCGCGAGCCAAGAAGGCUACAACCACUGGAACAGCAGCAGCAACAGCCAUCCCACCUGGCUGCGUUUUCACCUCGGCAUCUCUCGUUGGCAACUCUACCUCCAUCAGGACCCCAACAUUGACUCCGUGGUCGAGCAGCUGGCCACUCACCACAUCGUUAGUGCAGUGCAGAAGACCGGAGGUACACAACUGAAGCUGGUGAUGUCAUUUCCCAACUAUGGGAGGGCCAUGUUCAAACCCAUGAAGCAGCAGAGAGAUGACGAAACCGACUACAACCUCUACUACUUCUCCGAUUUCGAGCGACACAACGCUGAAAUCGCAGCCUUUCACUUGGACAGGAUUUUGGGUUACAGGAGAGUCCCUCCUGCCGUCGGGAGGCAAGUGGAUGUGGUCAAAGAGAUCAAAAACAUCACCACUGAUCUCAAGUUGGCCAGGACUUUCUUUAACUCUCCCGUGGGAAACGUGUGCUUCUACGGCCGGUGCUCUUACUACUGUUCAACAGAGCAUGCCAUCUGUGGCCGGCCCAGGAACCUUGAGGCCUCCUUGGCCCUCAUGCUGCCCGACCUCUCCCUGGCGACCCGGAGGAGCUGGAGGUCCCCCUGGAGACGCUCCUACAGCCGCAGUAAACUAGCAAAAUGGGAGACAGAACCUGACUACUGCUCCACCAUCAAAAAGACAGCUCCAUACGACAAAGGUACCAGACUGGUGGAUUUUAUGGACCUGGUCAUACUGGACUUCCUGAUGAGUAAGUUCAUAUUUUGA